AUGGCUUCUGUACCAGUGUACUGCUUGUGUCGCCUCCCAUAUGAUGUGACUCGCUUCAUGAUUGAGUGCGACAUUUGUCAAGACUGGUUUCAUGGGAGUUGUGUAGGAGUGGAAGAGGAAAAAGCAACUGAGAUUGAUCUCUAUCACUGCCCCAACUGUCAGCUCACUCAUGGACCCUCUGUCAUGCGUAAACGCCGUGGAGGCAACAAGCAGGUGGACGGAGCUGCCUCUGGGGUAAGAGACCCGGGUCGGUUGGUGAAGACGGGCAGCCCCCAAUUCGUGAGGGAACUGCGGAGUCGCACUUUCCCCAGUGCAGAUGAAGUACUGCUGAAGCCUUCAGGGGCCCAGCUCACAGUGGAAUUUCUUGAGGAGCAUUCAUUCAGUGUUCCUGUCAUGGUGCUGAGACGAGACGGGCUUGGCAUGACUCUUCCACCAGCGUCGUUCUGUGUCAGCGAUGUAGAACACUACAUUGGUUCAGACAAAGAGAUAGAUGUGAUCGACGUCUCUCGCCAGUGUGACCUGAAGAUGCGACUGGGUGACUUUGCCGAAUACUACAACAGCCCCAACAGAGAUCGAGUACUGAAUGUUAUCAGCCUAGAGUUCUCAGAAACAAGGCUGUCAAAUUUGGUGGAAACGCCAAAAAUUGUGAGGAAGCUGUCAUGGGUGGAGAACCUCUGGCCAGAGGAAUCUGUGUUUGAGCGGCCCAAUGUGCAGAAGUACUGCCUCAUGGGAGUCAAGGAUAGCUACACGGACUUUCACGUUGACUUUGGUGGCACUUCCGUUUGGUAUCAUGUUUUGCGGGGGGAGAAAAUAUUCUACCUAAUAUCGCCGACGGCAGCCAACCUGGCGCUUUUUGAGCGUUGGAAUUCAUCGUCCAAUCAGAAUGAGAUGUUCUUUGGAGACCAGGUUGACAUGUGUUACAAGUGCUCCGUCAAACAAGGAAACACCUUGUUCAUUCCAACUGGGUGGAUUCACGCUGUGUUAACUCCAGUGGAUUGCCUGGCCUUCGGAGGAAACUUUUUGCAUAGCCUCAAUAUUGACAUGCAGCUUCGGGCUUAUGAAAUAGAGAAGCGGUUGAGCACAGCAGACUUGUUUAAGUUUCCCAAUUUUGAAACUGUGUGCUGGUAUGUUGGGAAGCACCUUCUUGAUACCUUCAGAGGUUUGAGAGAAAAUCGCAGACACCCAGCCACCUAUCUGGUUCAUGGAGCAAAAGCCCUGAAUAAUGCCUUCCGCGCCUGGACCAGGAAAGAGGCGCUAAGUGAUCACGAAGCGGAAAUUCCAGAAACUAUCAACACUCAGGCACUGGUAAAGGACCUUGCAAAAGAGAUACGUCUAGUUGAGGAUAUUUUCCAACAAAACAUUGGCCGCACUGGACCUCAAUUCCCUGGAUCGCCUCUCUCAAAAGCUCCGUUAACCACCUCUCAGAAUUCAGGCCGCCCCCCUGGAAAUAAGAAAGGCCUCAAACCAAAGGACAUAAUUGUAAAUGUUGUACCAACUGGACCCAAGAAGAAAAACCAAAAGGGUCUUUAUAAAACAGAAGCGGGAGAGCUUGACCUGCUUGAGAUCCACACCAAACAUACUCUGAAAAAAAUCCAACCUGGCAAGUCCAGAAGCAAGAACAAGUUGGAGCUGCCAUUGGAAGACUUCGAAGGAAAGUUAAAUAAAAGCAAGCUGAAACUCGUGCUGACCAAUGGGAAAAUUCAAGGCAAGAAAGCUGGAAGUAAUGGUGCCGGGGCAGUUGCCAACUACCAGCACCUUGUCAUGGAGGGAUCCAGUCUCUCUGAUCUUGAAUCUGAGGAUGAGCUCCAAAUAGACGAAACCCCUCCUCCACGCCGCAAACUUGCUGGAACAAGCAAGAAGAAGAAACUAAGCGGUCUACCAAGAAAGUUGCCCCGAGCAAAGCCUUGCUCCGACCCCAAUCGUAUUCGGGAGCCAGGGGAGGUCGACUUUGACAUUGAGGAGGAUUACACCACAGAUGAAGAAGCACUGGCUGCUCAUGGUGUGAAGGGCGGUGCAGGGGGAAUCCUGGACUUACUGAAGGCCAGCAAACAGGUGGCAGGCUUGGACUCCUCUGCACUCAGUGAGGAAGCCCCGGCCUCUCCUAGUACUCGUGACGCCAUCCAGGGUAUGCUUUCCAUGGCUAACCCACCUUCCUCCUCCUCAUCGUCAUCAUCGUCAUCUUCCUCUUCUUCAUCACCCUUGUCCAUCUCUGGAGGACUCACUGAGGGAUUGGGGAUCGUAAAAGGAAAAGGCAGCAGAGCCGUGUGGGUCACUGGGGGGAUCAAAAAGACCACUGGGGCUGAGAAAAAAGCUGUUAUCCAGCGGCCGGGAAAGCGGCCCAUUAAGCGUCCGGCUCGACAUCUUAGUGACGAGGACAGCCCCGAUGAGCAAGAGACUUUAGGGACCUGUUUUAAAGAUUCAGAUUACGUGUAUCCCUCAUUGGAAUCUGAUGAGGAGGACCAUGCUAACAAAGCUAAAAUGAAGCGGAAGAAAAAUUGGGAUGACACACCUUGGAGUCCUAAAGCCAGGGUGAUGCCUACUCUACCGAAACAGGAUCGGCCAGCAAGGGAUGGCGCUCGAGUGGCAUCUGUGGAAACGGGCUUGGCGGCUGCUGCAGCCAAGUUGGCGCAGCAGGAGCAACAUAAGCCAACUAAAAGGAAAUACACCAAAAAGGUGCGCCCUCCAGUGUCCGUUGUGAGCCCUCUUCAACUUCAGGUAGAUCAAGCUCCUCCCUCGCCACCAAACGUUCCAGAGGCAGCACCAGAUUUCAGCCCACAGAGGAGGAUGGAUUACUAUUCGGCCAGUUUACUCGACCAUGAAUACACAGCAGGACCAGGACCUUUUGGUCCUGGUGGCCCUAGAGGUGGCGGGGCUAUGGCCCCGGGGGUAUUCCUUACUUCACGUCGACCUUCCUUAUCACCGCAAAACAGCAGCUCACUCUCUAGUGCGUCACCUUCAGGGCUUGCUAGUCAAGGCGUUGCAGGAGUUGGUCAAGGAAAGCGUCCAAAGAAAGGACUUGCAACAGCAAAACAGAGACUUGGAAAAAUUUUGAAGAUUCACCGCAAUGGCAAGCUUCUUUUGUGA